AUGUGUGUGGAGGGAAUGGAAGAUGCUGAGGCAGAGCUUCUCCGCCGGAUUCGGAGUGUGAUCGGUCCAAAAGUGUUGGUUUCGGCGUCGAUGGAUUUACAUGGCAAUGUGUCGCGAGAGCUGGCCCACCAGACCGAUCUGAUUACUUGUUAUCGGAUGGCACCGCAUGAAGAUGAGCUAGAAACCAAGGAACGCGCGUGUUGGAAUCUUGUUAACGUUUUGACCUCACGAAGGGACGCCGUGGAAAUGAUCAGACCGUUCAAAGCAUGGGUCCCAAUCCCUAUCUUGCUACCGGGCGAGCAGACUUCGACACGCAAUGAACCAGCGAAAGGCCUGUAUGCGCUUAUUCCUGAUAUCGAAGCAACGGAAAACAUUCUUGAUGCAGCCAUUUGGGUUGGAUAUGCGUGGGCAGAUGAACCACGAAAUCAUGCGGUGGUAAUGGUAACAGGCUGGGACAAGACCGCUGUCACGAAAGCGGCGAAGCGACUUGCAUGUUUGUUUUGGGGAGCUCGCGAAGAAUUUCAUUUCGUGGCGCCAACCGGCUCGUUGUCCAUAUGUAUUGACAGUGCUUUGGCAUCGCCAAAGAGACCGUUUUUCAUCUCUGAUUCCGGGGACAAUCCCACCGCUGGGGGAUCGGGCGAUGUAACUUUCGGCUUGCUUCAUCUCUUGAAGAGACCGGAAUUUUGGGAAGCAACCGGUCCAACAGUCAUUUACGCCAGUCUUCCCGGGCCCCAGGCAAUUGAUAUUAUCAUCAAGGCCGGCGUAGGGGCUGUGGUGACUGUCACUGCUGGGGCACAGAUCGAUGAUAUGCAUGCAGGGCCCGUCACAAUGACUGGAAGGGUUCAUUCCAUCCGGUAUGGGGAUCAUGACGCUGGAAUUGAAGCGGUCUUACAGGUUGGAAGUGUGUUUACAAUCCUGACCAAGCUACGCAAGCCAUAUCACCACGAGAGUGAUUUUACUGGUCUCAAUCUCAAUCCUCGAUCGACUCACAUCGUGAUAGUCAAGAUUGGAUACCUUGAACCCGAGCUAUUUGACAUGGCUGCAGACUGGAUGCUGGCAUUGACUCUGGGCGGCGUUGAUCAAAAUCUGCAGCGUCUUGGGCACCGACGAAUUCAUCGUCCAAUGUGGCCCUUGGAUAAAACAUUUGAUGGGACUCCACCCCUCGACCCAUAUUUGAUUCCAUUGGCCGAUAGCCCAUUCGAAUCGGCGGGUGAAUGA